AUGAAACUAAUAGGAAAACAUAUUGAAAAAGAUCGUUCGGGUUGUGUUACACUUUGUCCUGAGGAAAUGGAAGAUAUGUGGCAUGUUUAUAAUUUAAUUACAGUUGGUGAUAAACUUAAAGCAACAACAUUACGCCGAGUUCAAAGAGAAAAUUCCACUGGUACAGUUGAUUCUCAACGUAUAAGAUUAACUUUGGGAAUAUCAGUAAACAACAUUGAUUUUGAUCCACAAGGAGGAAUUUUAAGAAUCAGAGGUCGAGUAAUAUUAGAAAAUAAACAUGUUAAAGUGAGUAUGGGAUCAUAUCAUACGAUCGAUCUUGAAUUGAAUCGAAAUUUUACUUUAGCAAAACCUGAAUGGGAUGUAAUUUCAUUGGAACGUAUCCAUGAAGCAUGCGAUAUUACGAAGCAAGCUGAUAUUGCUGCAAUAGUUUUGCAAGAAGGAUUGGCAAAUAUAUGUUUGGUAACUCAAAAUAUGACUAUUGUAAGGCAACGCAUUGAACAAUCAAUUCCACGUAAAAGAAAUGGCCACAUAAAAAAUUAUGAAAAAGGCUUAACAAAAUUUUUUGAGCAAGUUAUGCAAGGCAUCGAAAGACAUAUAAAUUUUGAUGUGGUAAAAGUUGUUAUAAUAGCUAGUCCGGGAUUUGUCAAGGAUCAACUUUAUGAAUAUGUUUUUGCUGAGGCUGUGAAACAAGAUAAAAGACAAUUAAUUGAAAAUCGAUCAAAAUUUAUACUUGUACAUUGUUCAUCAGGUCAUAAACAUGCGCUUCAAGAAGUAUUACAAGAUUCAGCAAUCCAAGGUCAACUUGCUAACACAAAGUAUGCUCAAGAAGUAACAGCUCUUGACAAGUUUUAUAAAAUGCUUAAUGAAGAUCCUGAUAGAGCUUUCUAUGGAUGGAAACAUGUUAAAAAAGCAGAAGAAAGAGGCGCAAUUGGAACUUUAUUACUUUCUGAUGAACUAUUUAGAGCUGCUAAUAUUCAAACUCGGAGAAAGUAUAUUAGUCUUGUUGGAUCAGUCCGUUCAACAGGUGGUAAAGUACUUAUAUUUUCUAGUUUACAUCUAUCAGGAGAACGUAAGUCAUUCACUAAAUGA